AUGGUGGACUGGAUCACCUUCUCAAAAUACUUGGUUGCUAUCUUGGUAAUCGUCGCUAGUACUGUUUGGUUUAUCAAUUCGGUUAUUAUUGACUCCAAAAGAGAUCUACAUACAAUUUCGCUGAACGCACAAUCAAAUGUUGAGUCCGUAAGAAAGGAACAUGAAACUGCUAUUUACAGAAACCUAUUAGUCCCAGCUUCUUUUCCAUUGACUACAGGUUUAAACCUAAGCUUAGGAUAUAGGCUCAGGAAUGGUAAUUUUGGUGAUUUAUGGUCUGCAAUUAUGACAAAUGGCAAGUCGACUGUAUUGCAAUUCCAUACCGAAGAAACUACCCUUACAAGAAUAAAUGGUAUAGCAAAACGAAUUGUGGUUAAAGUUGAAAGUAUAGGUGCUAAGAAGAUUGGAAUAGCUACGUCAAUUGACUCAUCAAUGGGAUUUUCAGUCGGCGUUGCCGGCUUAAUGCUGUCGUUGAAAGAUUGUAUACCUUGGUUUUUACAUUCGAUUCCGCGAAACGAUUUGGAAGUGGACAUCAUAUUUAUCAAUGACUGGGAAUCAGUUAAGUACCUUAAUGGUAGUGAAAAGUGGUACCAAUGGAUUAUUGUAUGUGAUCGGUCUAUUAAACAUAGGAAUGAUUAUCAAAAUAAUGUCAUCUCAUUGAAAGAUUUUAUAGGAGAGGUGACAGAUGACCCGGAGUUCAAAUAUGACCCAAAAGACUCUGGAGAUGAUGCCAAAAUUUUGGCGUAUAUUUCGAAUUUAUUUGGAGGUACCACCAGCUUUACUCAAAUGUGUCUUGUCAGUAGUGUGUCGUCAUUUAUCAAAAGUUUCCCAUUGGGACAUUCGCUAGGUGAAGCAGAUCAUCUAACAAUAUCUAUGAGCACACAAUGGAGACAUUCACUAUCCAUUCAGAGCUGGGUUAAAACACUGUCAGUUUUGUUACACGGUGGCUCUGUUUCAUUCAGUGAUGAGCCAAGAAGUUUGAAUGAUCUUCCUAAAGAUACUACACUACUCGCUAUUACAGGUAAUUCCGCCUUCUUAAAUCAUGUAUUAACGCAAUCAAAGGGGAUCCGGACCUCUUUAUCAAAAGCGUUAUUCAGUGAAGGUGUAUUUAACAAGAUUGGACAAAUCUCUCAACAGGUUGAUAAACUCAGGUGUAUCUACAUUUUAAAUGAAUUAAAGAAUGUCAACCAAGUUACUGAUUUUAGCUCAUCAGUCCUUAGAUUGGAAAAAUCUACGAUUGACAGGUACAGCACUUCUCAACUGACACUUCUAAGAUCCCUGUUUGGCUCUAGAGUAGUAAUGGAGGUCUAUUCUCCAUAUUCCGUUCUUGGGCCCCUAUCAUACACUAACUACUAUGAUUAUAGGGUAUUGCCGUCGACAGUUGAUAAAGUUGUAACGUGCUAUGGUUCAUUUACUACUUCUUUAGAGGGAAAGUUGGUAGAAACAGAAGAGAAUCCAGAUCUUACAGCUCCAAACAGACAAGGUAUGUUGGUGAUACGUGGUUUCACUAUUGGGAAACCAGUUGAAAAAGAUCGUCUAGCUCAAGCCUUGAAGCUCGUUGACAAAUUUAACGGCGGAGAAGGAUGGAUGCCUUUACUUGGGGUUUUUGGGUUGUUUGGCAAUGACGGCUGCUUCUAUGAGUAUAAAUGA